AUGUAUUGGAGGAUGAUACACGAGUACACCAGUGGACGGGCAAACGAGCGGUAUUCACGCGGGGUAAUUCAGUGCCUCAACUGGGAAACCUACGUUUCAAAAUCUCUUUGUAGUAGGCUUAUAGCACCCGCAACACCGGCUCUUUGGCCCAAUGAGGCACUAGGGCCCAAAACGCGGGAAAGAUUCAUGGAGGGUUGA